UUUCGUGCAACCACUAGAGCUCGUUGUGAAAGUGGAAGCACGUUACCAUGUAUUUCAUUACGGGACUACUCAAAUCGAAAGAGGAGCUCGAUGUGGUUUGGGUAGUUGUGGACCGACUAGUGAAGUCGACCCGCUUUUUACCGUGAGGAUGACGAUUACCAUGGAGCAGAUUGCCAGUAUUUACAUCCGUGGGAUUACUCGAUUCCACGAAGUAGCCGAGACCAUAGUGUCAGACCGAAACCCCCAUUUCAUAGGCUCAUUCGAGAUCCUCGAUCGAGUGGACGAGGUAGUAUACCGUUUGGCGUUGCCACCAGAGUUUUCGGUUGUGCGCAACGUCUUUCACGAGUCGAUGUUGAGAAAUUACAUGCAUGAUCCAGGACAC